AUGAGCCAGUUUACUAUGCCAGUUUAUGAGACGAUUGUUCAUUCAAUCGUCCAUCUAUUUGUAGAAUCGCAACAAUGGCCGAUAUCAAUCAUUGGCCAAGACAAUUCAACAACAAUGUUCGGUAACACCUGCAGUAAUUGCUCUAUUUGGUCGGUCGUUCAACAAUCUACGACACGUUUAGUUGAUCGAUGGUUUGCUAAUCGCCGUCGUAAAGAAACCAAGCAACGUCUUAAAACCGAUUGCACCGAUUCACCGCGUUUAAUAAAUUCCAACGAUCCUUCAUCAAAACACCAUCGUUGGUCACCAAUAUCCAACAGCAAUUCUAAUAAUAGUAUUUAUGGUUUUAUUAUUAUAAUAGUUAUUAUUUCAAAUGAAAUAGUUCAAUUAUUUUAUGUUGGCAGACGUGUUUUGGUAGUUUGGAUGGAUGUUCAGCCGCGAAGUCGAUUUUUACGAAAUACUAAUGCGCAGCGUCGUGAAACAGAGAUAAUCGGUCAUCGCCAACAGGAAAGACAGCAUCAAAAUAUGAUAAUUGAUACAACGAUGCAUAAUUCCGAUGGUGUUAAAACUGAAUUUAAUUUACAAAAGGCCAGUGAAAGUUUAUUACUAUCAAAAAGCGAUUUAACAACGUCAACAUCUCCCUAUCAUGUUUCGAAUGGUAUUCAACAGGUCCCGGAGAUAGCGCAUUCAUUAUUGUCACCGUCAUCAACACCAGAUCAAAUAAGGCAAGCUCAAUUAACGAUGGAUUCAAAGAUGUGCAUACCGAAUGCAGCUACAGCAGCAGCAGCUGCUGCUGCUGCCUCUAACCUGUUUGAUUCAUCACGAUGGCCCGCUGCUGCAUUUCCGUCAACUUCAGCUGCUGCUGCUGCUGCUGCGUCACUUGCUGCAUUUGCUCAUCCAUCCAAUCAGUAUUUGCUGGCAGCACUUGGUCUGCAAAAUGCACAACAAUUAGCGAAUAGUUUGGACGGAAAUCUCUCAGCGAUUUUGCCGUAUCUUCAAUUUCAGGCACAACAGGCAUUAGUUGCACAUCAGCUUGCUGCUGUGCAUCAAGCAUCAGCGCUUCAUCAACAUUUGGGUGCAGCACUUGCUUCGUCUUUCUUGCCUCAGCAACAGCAACAGCAGCAACAGCAGCGGCAACAACAACAGCAAAUUCCACAACAGUGGUUAUCACCACCACCAAGUACUGCUUCAGUGCAAGAGCCGACACCAUCACCAGUUUUAACAACUAGCGAUGAACAACAGCAACGUACUUCGCCGCCACCAGAUGCUUGGUCGACAUCUUCGGAUGCUGAUGCUUGUAGCGCUUCAAAUACUCCACUGUUUAGUGAUUCUUCUCUACUUUUGGAUGUAAAUAUUAUUUUUGAUUUUUUAAUUCGUGAACGACGUGAUCUUAGCGAGAAAGAAAGUCUCGCUGUAGCCGUGCUUGCUGGUAUGGCUGGUGUUGGGCGAACUUAA